UCAGGGAUCAAUCAUUCGCAGUCUACUGUGCAACCAAAACAAACGUAUCAAAAUGGCAGCUAAGUUCGUCGUUGUUGCUCUCCUGGUGGCGGCCGCUCACGGCAGCGCGAUCCACGGCGCCGACUACACCAGCUUCUCGUACGGCGUGUCCGACCCGCACACCGGCGACGUCAAGAGCCAGCACGAGACCCGCGUCGGCGACAGCGUCCGCGGCCAGUACUCGCUGCUGGAGUCCGACGGCACGAAGCGCACCGUAGACUACGCCGCUGACGCGCACAGCGGCUUCAACGCCGUCGUCCGCAAGGACCCCGCUCUGGUCGCGCACGCCGCCUACGCCGCGCCCGUGGCCCACGCCGCGUACGCCGCGCCCGUCGCCCACGCCGCUCCCGUCGCCUACGCCGCGCCCGUGGCUCACGCUCCCGUCGCGUACGCCGCGCACGCCGCCGCUCCCGUCGCCGUCUCUGCCUACUCCACCUCCCUCGCCCACGGCGCGCCCCUCGCCCACGCCGCGCCCCUCGCCUACGCCGCUCCCCUGGCGCACGGUGCCUACGGGCUCGCCGCUGGACACGGUGCCUACGGCAUUGCCGCUGGUCAUGGACUCUACGGCUCCCACCUCGGAUAUGCUGCCUACUAGAUAAUUUAUUAUGUACCUGAAUAGAUCAUAUUGACCUGUUAAGAACUACGCAUGACUGUGAUGUUAUAAACCUUUUUGGUGACUCUAA